GUUGUGAUAAACUUAUUAAAUAGAUGGGUUGAAUGAGUUGGUGGUAAUGGUGUCCAAAUCGGGAACCCUCCAGUCAGCCUGUUCCACUCCUGCCCUGCCCACCAGCAGUCGGGAGGCAGAGACGGUGACGGCAGAGCUCCUCACUUAUCGCAACCCCAUUCGCAGCUCAAAUGCCGGACGGGUGGCAACUUUAAGCAAAAGCUACUCUCGAGGCGACCUGCGGGACGAUGAGGAUGAUGACAAUGACGACGCAGAAGAAGGGGUUCUCUUCUACGUUAACAAAACAGGUUUCCCAAUGGCCGACAACAUCUACCAACGCAUGUGGGACUUUGCCUGUCGCAAACACCCUGACGGAAACGACCUCUCCAAACGAUGCCAAUCGGAACAAUUCGCAACUGACGUCACAGUUCCUAAAGAGCCCAAAGUGCAAUCGCUCCGAGCACCCAUUAAAACGAAACUGAAAGCAGUGCAAAGUUACAUGGAUUCACUGGAGUACAACCAUACUGGCACCCAGUUUUUCGACAUCAUCAAAAACAGACCUUUGAUCAGUUUGAUGGAAGUGUGUCGUAAGAUGGUCCAGGAGUCACUGCCAAUUAAAUGCCUGGAAGCAACUGUUUUGGGAAUUUAUCUAACCAAUGGGGUAUCAGGCUUAGAAAGGUUCCCUCUUAGUUUCAAGAGUCGUUUUGGCGGCAGGAGUGCGCGUCAUGUGGUGCUGGGAGUGUACCAUGGGGGAAUGUAUGGAUCCCUGGGAAUGAGCAGAAGAGACACACUAGCGUACAAGAGUCUCCAGUUCGACUCUCUCUCGGCUCUAGUGACCAGCUUUGAAAAGUGUUACGCUGAGAUAGGACACCGAGUGUCUAGACUUGCCAUUGGGGUUCCAGUGACUCACGACAGUCGCAGCUUUGAGACAAUCGUAUGGGGAAAUUUUAUCGUGAACUCGUACUGGAAGAAACCGAAGGAUGAAGUGGGAGUUGAGAUAGACAAGUACGCGAAAGAGAUGAGGACUAAAAUGAGAACCACUCAGACUGUGAGACUACAGCCCACUAUGGGUCAACUGCCAGUUGUCGUCCCGCCAAUAGACUCAAAACUAAUCACAUCAUCCAAUACAUAGCUCCGUACUAAAACCUUUGAAAAUCUUCACUCGUAGCUAAUAAUGACUAAUACUGCCAAGCCAUUUAUAGUUUAGAAUUCCAAAUCGCAGUCUAGCUGUCGGUUAUGGAUAAAAGUGUGUAUGAGCUGUAAAUUUGUAUAAAUUCUGUAAAUAAUGUGAAAUUUUUUUUUUAGCUAA